GAAGUGUGCAGCUGGACAAACGCUACAACGACACAACGGUUUUCCACCUCGACGUUUAGGCAAAGAAACAGUUGAUUUAUCCGUUUUUUUUUUAGCCACUAACGCGAGCAAACUGACAAAGGAGGCACGUGUUUGUUUAGCGUCUUGGGGAUUAUUAGAAGAAUUUCUUUGCUGUGUUGUUUUCUUGUGACACCCGGGACCGGAAAAGAGCCGUUUUCCCCCCGACAGCUGGUUUGCGGAUUCCCCCUCUUUCACUUGAAGUUGUGUGAGCCGGCUGAGAUGAGCGGUCCAGAGGUGGCCAAGACACCGGGAGGUGGAGCUCCGGGCAAAGAAGGAAAGGAGCCAGUGGCCAAUGGGCACGCAGGAGAGGGCAAUGAUGCCAACCCAUUCGCUGAGUACAUGUGGAUGGAGAAUGAAGAGGAGUAUAACAGACAGGUGGAAGAGGAGCUGUUGGAGCAGGAGUUCUUGGAGCGCUGCUUCCAGGAAAUGCUGGAGGAGGAAGACCAGGAUUGGUUCAUCCCUUCUCGUGACCUCAACAACCAGGGGGUGGGGCAGCUGCAGCAGCAGCUCAACGGCCUGUCUGUCAGCGAUCACCACAGCAACCUGGAGGAAGUGGCGAGGAAGAGCAUGUUGAACCCUGAAGCGAAGGAGUUUGUCCCGGGGAAGAAAUACUAGGAGUCCCCCUCACCCCCAUGGAGCCUCCACGCGCACACACACAUACACACGCGCACACACCAGUCCUCACAUAUUCUCAGAGACUCUGGCGGCCACGACCGCGCACACACUGAUUCUCACACACAAGCAUGCACACACACACCUACACACUUGAAGUCAGUGGCGUGCUGGCAGGCCCAGUUGGGGGGUGGGGGGAUUUCUUUUUCUUUUUGUUUCUUUAAUCUUUUUAUUUCCUGUUUGUUUCUUGUAAACUGAGGGACAUUGGGAACAGGGGUGGGGGAUGGGUGUAAUACCAGCACCGCCCUACUGCGGGCGCUAGCUCAUCAUCGCAUUUCAGAUGACAUUGUUGAUGUUUACAGAGUACGCAGAUCUCAUUGAUGUCCCCUUGGAACUGAGGCAGCUACCAAGAGUGAUGCCAGGACAAAACUUUAAUCCAAAACAUCUAAUAAACUUGAAAAAAUUAUUUGUGUGCUGUCAGAGUUGAAAAACAUCGCCAGUAGUUUGAGGGUAUCCAUGACAGCGAGGUUAGAGAACGACUAACAUUUCGGGGGACUUGAUGGGUUUCUGCCGCUGCUCUGUAGAGUCAUCACGGUCAGUCAAACCUGUUAACGUUUGCUCCUAUGAUGUCAUAAGCUCCCUGUGACAUCACAGUUCUUGUGCAUCUAGAAAUGCAGGUUCUUAUUUGUAUCUGCAGCAGCUCCGUUCCAAACCAAAUACAGACCCCACCCUCCCUGCACGCUUGUUUUGAAGUGAUCUGGCAUGGACAGGGGUAAUCAUGGAUAAGAAAUUAUUUUCCCAAUUUAUGUGGAAGUCCAUGUUUGUUUUGUCCAGCUUAUUAGAAAAAAGGUGUGAGUUUCCCAAUCACACAUCAAGCUGAGUUUAGCAAGAAAAAUGUUGUUAUUAGAGGGAAGGUCAGAGCUUUUGAACCUUCAGAAACUCCGUUAUCCUUUUUUGUUCACGGUUUCAUCCUUUAGUUCAAUUUGGAUUUAUGGGGUGUAGUGAACAACCUUGUUACAGGGGAGUAUUUGGUCUGGAACAAUGCCACUGCCUCUUUCUGCUGGAACAACUUGGUUUGUCCAGCAUCAGAUCAAGUGUCCAUAUUCAAAUCAGGUUUUCAAAUAGCCUCUCCUCCUCUUAUGUCUUUUUUUUUUUUUUUUUUUUUUUCCUCUUCAUGUUUUGAAGAUGAGGCAUUUUGUGUCUCUACUGGGUACAGUAGCCUGUGGUGUCCAUUCAGUCCUAUUUGCAGGAGGAAACAUGAGGGGAUAACAUUGUCAGAAUAAAGCAGUAUGGAACAUGUGGCUGACAGUAUGGCCUCCUUGCUGUUCUUCUCUUUGUAGGUUGACUUCUUUGAGGAAGUUCUUUUUUUCUUUUUUCUUUUUAACCGUAAAUCUCUGUUUUAAGUCUGGCUUUCCCUGAAGCAUCGCCCCUUAGUGCAAAUAUAAUCUCCGUUAAGUUGUGAGCCAAUAGGAAAAAGUUGUAUAUGUGAAAAUGCUUUUUGGGAAACCUGGAUUCUAAUCAACAGUAAUCAUGAAUUAUUGUCACUUUUUCUAGUUCUCAGCCAUUUUGGCUUGAAAAUGCACAGGCAAUAUUGUCAAAAAUCUUGUGAUCUGAACAUUAAUCUUCUUCAUGCCACUGUUAAUUUGUGGUAUUACCAGUGACAAUAAUGUCAUGUGUUUUACUGUAGGAGUGUUAAGUAGACACUUGUGUACUACUUUGAAUUAAGAAGUACCUGACAGGUGAAAGCACUUCUUUACAUCCAUGCAGUACUCAAGUGUGUUCUUAAACCAUGCAGUAGAGACAGUGAAAUGUUGGUUAAAAUGGAACUUCCUCACACAGUGUUGGACCACAGCUGUCGAAUGACACCCUGGUGAAGCCAAUAGGAAUGUCCGCCAGGUGAAUUGUACAACAUGAAAUCAUUUUUGGUGAUUUUGUUUAGAUGAGUUAGAUGACAGAAGCCGUAAAAAAAAAAGGAAAAAAAAGAGGUCCAGAAGACAGAAUAAGAAUUUCAGUACAAAUAAAAAUAAUGAAAAAAGACAAAUAAAGAUGUUAAAGACAAA